CAGCAGCAGCGAGAGCCGCCGCCUGAGCUCGACGGCGGGCGCGAUGGCGCUGCGCAGGCAGGAGCGGGCGCUGUCGGAGGAGAAGGGGGCGCUGGACGAGGAGGAGGAGGGCGGCGGUGGGAGGGCGGGGGCCGCCGCGCCGGGCCCCACGCCGCCCGACGGGGGCUUCGGCUGGGUGGUGGUCCUGGCGGCCACCUGGUGCAACGGCUCCAUCUUCGGCAUCCACAACUCCUUCGGGAUGCUCUACGACCUGCUGCAGAAGGACGUCGGCGGGGACGGGAAGGACUCCGCGCUGACGCUCAAGACAGCCCUGGUUGGCUCCAUCGGCAUGGGGAUGGUCUUCCUGUGCUCCCCCAUUGUGAGCAUCUUCACGGACCGCAUCGGGUGCAGGACGACAGCCACCUCGGGAGCGGCCAUCGCCUUCAUCGGACUCUUCUCCAGCAGCUUCACUAGGUCCCUCGAAGUCCGUUACUUCACAUACGGAGUCCUCUUUGGGUGCGGCAGCUCUUUUGCGUUCCAGCCUUCCUUGGUUAUCCUUGGGCACUACUUCAAACGUCGCCUGGGCUUGGCCAAUGGGCUGGUGACCGCCGGCAGCUGCAUCUUCUCCAUGGUCCUCCUGUUCCUCUUGAAAACUAUUGGCCAGGCCAUCGGGCUGGCCCACACGUUCCAAGUGCUCAGCAUCUUCAUGCUUGUCCAGAUCUUCUUGUCUCUGACUUUCCGGCCCGUAUUCCCAUCUACUUCUGACCCACACGAUCCUGUGAAACUGGACAGCCGAAGCUGGCGGCAACAGUGCAUGUCACAGAUGCGGAAUUAUUUCAACAUGAGAGUCUUCAGGAAAAAGACCUACCGGGUGUGGGCUUUUGGGAUAGCAACUGCCAUUCUGGGAUAUUUUGUCCCUUAUGUGUACCUGGUCAAGUUUGUGGAAGAGGAGUUCAAAGAAAAAGAUAAGUCCUGGAUCGUGCUGGUUUGCCUGGGAGCCAUGUCAGGGGUCGGGCGCUUGACGUCAGGACCAAUCAGUGACCUGAUCCAUGGGCUGAACAAGAUUUACUUGCAGGUCGCCUCCUUCGUAGUCCUGGGGAUCAUGUGCAUGAUGCUACCACAGUGCCGCGCAUUCUGGGGCGUCAUCGUCGUCUGCCUCUUCCUUGGACUCUGUGACGGACUCUUCAUCACGAUUAUGGCUCCCAUUGCCUUCGAGCUGGUUGGGCCCAUGCAAGCGUCGCAGGCCAUCGGGUACCUCCUGGGGCUGAUGGCCAUUCCAAUGACAGCAGGCCCCCCCAAUUGCUGGAUUACUCCAUGACUAUUUUGGGAGUUACCACUUCUCCUUCUACUUUGCUGGAGUCCCUCCUAUAGUCGGGGGUCUGGUACUGGCUCUUGUUCCUCUGAUCCAUCAAAGGCAACUCAAGAAAAAGCGGCUGGAUUCUGGGAAAGACAAGAUGCUAGUUUCAGAGACCAUGAUGAACGGAGAGCUGCUUCCAGGUGCUCCAACCUCAGAGGCACAUGUCUAAACCCAUCUUCCCAACCUCCCGUGCCCAGGUGUACACACUGUCACCACCAGCAUUUUCUGGUACAGGCUGAGCCCCACCCUUUCCAAAGAGGACCUAAGCCCUUUCAAGUGUAGGUGGUGAGCACUGUAUUGAUAAAGACAAUCCAGACUGGACCUUUUAUCCAAGUUUUUCCUCUGGUUCUUGGCUCCAGAGACUUCAAAUAGCACUCUGAUUUGUUUUCUGCUGCAAUUUUUUUAGUGGACACAACAGUUUUUAAUAGAUUGCAUUGGUCCAGUUCCUCCACCCCUUCCACUUCCAGCAUCCAAAAGACUGAAUCUGUAGAUAUGUUGCCUUGAAAAUGGAGUCCAGUCACACUGCGGGCUCCUUUGCAAGUUCAUUUUGUAGCAGCCUAGUGGUAUAUUUGAGCCAUGUAUGGAGACAAAAGAACGGUUGGACGUUGAUGGAUUGGGAAUCAUUUUCUAGACAGUAUUUUCUUCUCUUCACUGCCUUCAGCUCAGUCGUUCUGACUUCCUUGAACCUGCCUCUGCAGCUCUGAUGAUGUGCUUGGUUUUCUACCGGGUCCGUUGGGUGAUGCUUUCCUCACUUGGCUUCCAUAUAUCCAAUUUAUUUCAAAUGGAAGAAAAACCUUGUAUUUCGUACGUUAGUCUCACGGCCCUUGCUGGAGAUGUUGCUUUGCUCAACUCGUGUCAUGUGCAUUCCGGGGUUUUCAGAACCUCUGUCCAUUGUCUGAGGGGGUUUCAUGGCAAAGGAGGUGGAUCCCAACUUGGAAAGCAACUAUGUCUCCAUAGUUGAAGAUCAGUAGCUCAUUACAUUGCAAGCCUUCCUUCCGAUAUGGAAGUUUCCCAAGGAGGCACCCUUAGGAUCAUCUGCAUUCGAGCACUUGAGCCUUCCUGGCACUGAAUCGCCAAGGAGGAUUGGACGGGCACACGGGCUUUUUAUCUGAAACGUCUUUGACCCAAAUGGCCGGAUCCUCAUGUUUGCAUUAUUGUGUGGGAGAUUCUUCCUGAGCUAGAAUCUGUGCUUCUUGUGUGGAUACAUGCUUUGGAAUGUGGAAACGCUGCACCAGAUGCCCAGAACCUCACCACAAGGGAACUCUGGAUGACAUAUGGCAGCUGUUGGAAGCCAGAGCAUCAACAGCCGAGACCCAGGCUCCUUCCCUCCCAGAGAGGAGCAGUGCACACAGCUGCGGCUGCCAAACGUAGUGGGUGUGAUCAUCUGGAAGAAGGAAGCCAAGCUGUGCCACGGGGUUCCUUGCAAAAUCGCUCUGCGUGUCGGCACUGCGGAAGAUGGCCGAGAGAGAGGGAGAUUUUUCUUUAGGCCUGGGUGAGCUCUGCUUUGGUGCUCUCCGAUGUAUUUCCGUCCACCCGUCCUUGAGCUUUCAGCAGCAUGUAGGGCAGGGCUAGAGAGAAGCUUAGGACUGGUAAUUAUCUGGGCAGCAAUGCACAAGCAUCCUCCAGCGUUUUCGUCCCACAAAUGUUUAACCAGGGCGGAACAAGAGGACACUUCCUCCACCUGAACGGCACUGUCCGUGGCACAUCAUGCUCCCGAAAUGAGGAAAGCUACCCCUGGGAGCUAACACGCAACAUCACAUGCUGCUGGCAGGGCUGCUUUGGUGAAAGGAAGUGCUUUCAAGUAAUCCGAGCCCCAAAGGCCCUUUUCCCCAAGCCUGCGUUGGAAACGCUUUUCGUAAACGGCUUUCCUGCUGCAGUGGCAUCAUACCCAAAGAUGCCCCGUUAUUCUAGCUCAUCGCCUUCCCUAGCACCCCGCCAGCCAAAGGCAUCACUAGAGAACAGAUUCAGGCGGCAGCCGCCAAAGCAGCCCUGCCAACACAGGCCUUGUUCUCCCAGAGGUGGUCAAGUCCGUGGGAGGAUCAGCUGACUGGUGCCUCUCCAUACAAUAUCUCCCAGCAAACAGAAAUCUAACAUGUCGAGAAAGAUGGCUCCUGGCCAUGCUUUCUUGCUGGCCUAUUAGUUUUCUGUACCCAGGAAUUCCUCCCCUGCCCCAUUUUUUGAUACAGAACCAGCAUUUAAUCCUGUAUGAAAGACACUCGUGGAAUCCAAAAUGGUACCAACUAAAUGCAGACUGACCAUCUUUGGGAGGCCCACUGCUUACAGAACCACGAAGGGGGUGGUUGUCUGUGUCAGGACUCUACCACUUAGAUAGUAGAGUCUUGACACAUGACCAGAUGUUCUUUUUCACAGCACUGUUUUCUGCAGAUAGAGAAGCUCAGUGUCAGGGAAAACGCAAGGCUGGAACUGAUGCUUGGACUUCAUAUGCCGUCUCACCCCAAAAUGAUUGCGCUCCUUCCCAACAAAGCCAUUGAGGAAGCGAGGAAAGUAUCACACACACACACAAACACACCACUCCCCUUGGGUUACAGAUCACAUGGGAUUCCAUGCUCCCUGGAUUUCUGGAUAUGUUGAAGCAUUUCUUUUAAAAAAUAGAGCUGGCACUCAUAUCAUGGUUACAAGACUGAACCAUGUAACUGACAAACCCGAUAACUCAGCCUGGCCCCUACAAUUGUCCCAUAUAUAUAAAUUGUUUGAGCAUUCAGAAAAAAGUGUGUGUGUGUUCAAGAACAGGCUUGAACUUGGUUGUAAAUUUUGUACCAAACACACAGAAAAACCCCACCUUAGCUCCAUGGUUUCUUUCUUCGGGUCUGAAGACCAAAAUGGUGCCACUGCCCUUGAAUUUGAUCAAGCCUUCCCGCCCAUCAAGCCAUUCAGACAUGGUCUUCCUCAGAGACCGAGGACUCCCUGUUUCAGCCCGGAUCUUGGAGACAGGUGCUGGGAAGCGUGUGGCACACACCACAGCUCUCUCAUCCUGUUAGGAAUGUGUGCUAAAGAACUGUUUUCUCCUUGCAAGGAAAGUGCCCUCUACUCAGGGCUUCCCACCCAAGAAAGCUCUCAAUUGUCCACAGUAUCUGCUUGCCUGUUGCAAUCUCAUUUCCACUGCUCCUGGCAAGGCCAGCUCCAGUGGCAGGACUGACCCAGGCCCUGCUGUCUGUGGCAAAUGAACUCACUUGCUUCAGGGAUAAAGAAACUUGGACGUGGCCAUCCCAGAGUGCAGGACAUGGAAUACUGGGCUUGAGUUACAGGAAGCCAGAUUCCUGCUCAAGACCAUGAAAAAUUUCCUGUUAGGGCAGUACAACAGUGGAACCCAGAACCUGGGGAGCUGGUGGGCUCUCCCACACUAGGGGCAUUCAGGAUGCAGCUGGGCAGCCGUCUGGGAGGGAUGGUUUAACUGGGAGUCCUGCCCUGAGCAGGGGCCAGUGGUCCCUGGUCCCCUCCAACACUACUGUUCUACAUUUUUUGCAGUCAAAGGGAGAAGCACCCUUGGAAAUGCAGAAUCCUCCAUGACAAAUGCCGCGAACUGGGGCAGCCUUGGCAGGUUCCAUGCUGCAUUUUACCUCUGGGGUGUUAACUUCCAGUCAUAAAGAUGAAAGAGAAAACUUGGCUGCUACUAAAACACUAAAAGACUGAACUCCCCUGCUCCUUAGAGUAGGAAACAAUGACAAAUGAGAGGCCAAAACCUGCAUUUUGCUUGUGUUCUGAUGUUUGCAGACAGCUUAGAGAGGGUGCUGGUAGAUAAGGAAAAUGGUCAUAAAAAUGCUCCGAUGGCUGAAGUUUGCUUUCCUUUCCCAUGGUGAAAUACAUCUGAAGCGGUUAGUUGUGGCUGAAAAUGCUUCCCUGUUUGCAUGUGGGACGCCGUGAUUCUGUGCUCCGUUUCCGCUAAAAAGCCCAACGUUCAUGCUUGCCGCAUUCUGCUUUGGAAGGCGGAGGCCAGGCGGGCCCUGGGUUCCUGUGACAAGGAGAACAGCUCCGGGGGUGUCAACGAGGCAGGCACCCCCAUUUGCCUGCCUUCAGCGGCCUGGCCACACCUUCCCACAAAGGACUUGCUUUUUCUGAUCCAGCUUUCAAUAUUUUCUCUGCACUGGCCCUUCCUCAAGAGUGCCGCAACCCGGCAAAACCUCCACCGAGGUUGGGGGGGGUGGUCCCUGACCCCUCCUCUCAAACAAGCAUCCAGUCUGUGCCUGUGGGAUUCGGGGUGGGGGGAUGUGGUGGCCCAUUUUCAGAGGCGAGGAAUCAGAGGAGCCUCUUCUGGAAGUCUUACACUGGGCUCGUUGGGUGACUUUUCCAGCAACACCCAAGCAUCGCUGGGGCAAAGUCCUUCCUUCCUAAAGCCAAAAGGCCUGUGUGUGCUGGAAGAAAUGGCCCACAAGAGCCACAGUUGGUUCACACACCUGGCCAGCUGCCUCCCGUGGGGGAGGGACACCGCUAAGGCCAGUUGGGGCAAUUUUGCUGUGCGCAUCACAGCUUGGGGACCAAAACCUGCACGCCCUCCACGGCCCAUUCUCUUUCUGAAGCGCCUCAAGGUAGUCGUGAGGGCAGAGACAAUCCUGUGCACAAACUCUGAACUGUGCCCAGCCGGAUUUGGAAGGCUUUGCACAGAUCUUUGCCAUGGAUCAAACUGCAACCCCAACUUCGCCUUGCUCAAACGUGUUUCAAUCCUUGGGCAUGUUUCCCUUUUCUUCACUUCUGGAAUUGAGGUGGAGGCAGGGUUAAAUUUUCUAGCCUUAUUCAGAGGUGCCAGGCUUUAUUCUCUCUUUCUGUGCCUCAGUGCAACGACAGAUCGGGGGUUCUGGGAAGGGGUGUGGGCAAACAGAAAGAGGGUGCUGCUCCCUCCAGUUUUCCUCUCUCCCCAGAAUCCAAGUCAGCCAUAAGAAGUACCUGAUGCAAAAGGAAAACAGCAGUACAAAUGGGUUAUAUUCACAGUCAGCUCUGAUAUUUAGUACCUUUCAAAACGGGGCAAAAAUCAAUCUCACACAUGUAACCACAAAUAAUUGAAAUAACCAAUACAAUACACUGCAUGCAUUUUACACUCUAGCUUAAUUGAGCUUAAUGAUGUUUAUUGGUUUUAUUCAGUGUCACUUUGAAGUUCCACUUACGGAGGGGUGAAAGUGGCAUAUAACUAUUUAUAUAAAAUGUCAUAUUGUAAAUUCAUAAUGGAAUAAAAAUGAUAUAAACUUAAUUUUUUUAUAAAAAUGAAACACUAGAGAAUUAUAUUACGAGUUUCAAAAGGAAAAAAAUACAUUUGCAUCUAAAAAUAAAACCUUACAGAUGAAAAUACUGUAUAUACCUUUGCUUCCAAAUGACUUUUUCCCCCAGAAGGCUAGCUGCGUGUCACUGCCUCUUCCAGCCCACAGAAUUUCUUUAGGAAUGGCACCAAACCAGAGAUGAAUGCAAGCUCAGCCACAUGAUUUGCUUCCAGAUGCUCCCAGAGGGCACUGUGGGUCAAACCAGAUGUGGCCCUAGUUGCAGUACAUGUGGCGGUGAUGAUCUGUGGCACAUGAGCCAUCCUCCCCAGGCUGCCCUCGGCCCUGGGAGAAAAGCCCUUUCAAGGGUCAGAGGCAGGAUUCCAUCUCAGAUCCAGGAAAGAGGGCGGUUUUCGUCAGGACCACAGCAGGAUGAAAAGGGAUGUCUUCUCUUCCCGUGUGGUGUGCUUCCAACAAAAAUCCCCCCCACUUUACAUGGUUGCACACAGCCGGUUUGGAUUUGCAGCUAAGCGGAUCCCGAAACAAACCUCAGUGGCUGGGUUUGCCCCAUCGCCAGGGAAAUCGGCAGCUGCUUUCCUCCCUGUGUGCAAGCUGGUGGGGCUCUGCAAUUGGUCGUUUUAACCGGGCUGCCAUAUUGUCUGAACUCGGCAAGGCGUGUGGCCAAGGCGGCUCCCAAAUGACCCCAGGAGCCGUGGCUUGUUGUCGGGGAUGCUCUGGAAGCCCUGCUGCCAUCGCGCUGCCUGCAGGGUUCCGACACAUGGCAAGCCACGCACCACAAGGGUGACCGGCCAAGUGCAGUCCUGCAGGGUGGGGAAAGGAAGCCCCAGUGGCUCCUUAUCCGUGGUGGUCAUGUGAACUUGCCCCUUGUGUUUCUAGGCUGUGAUGGAGUCGUCCCUCUGGGCUGUGCUGCUAUGGUCCUGUGAAGUGAGGCAACUUGGGAAGGGUUUUUCCUUAUGAAUGGAACAAGGCACUGGAGAACGAGCCCCCUGCCCCCUGCCGCACUUGCUUCGCAAGUACAUCUUCACUGAUUUUCCGGCCUCUUUACCCUCGGAUGGUCUUUGCAUGCCAGCUGCAAUAACAGCUCUCUUCCCUGCACCCUUCCAUGUGAGCUACAUUUGGUUCACAAACUCUUGCACAAAAUGAAAUUGUGCCCAGGCUUUUGGUCCAUAGCUCCCCUUUGGCCUGGCCUGCUUUUGAGAGAGAGAUAAAGGCUGCACGGGUCUUUUCAAAGGAUGUUUCUCCAGCCUGCGCAGAGAUGGACCUUUGCCGCUAUCUAGUUCAUGUACACAAUGAGAUGAAAUUCAAGUGACGGCAUGCAAAAGGUCUCGCUUUGUGUUCCACACAGGGCAAGAAAAACUGCCUGACAUGUUGGAACUUAUGGCCGCCAGUCAGUGCUGAAAAUACUGGGGUACAUGGAGUGGCUCGCUUAAGACAGCUUCCUGCAUCCCAUACCCAUCAGCAGGCCAAGAUCUGGCAACCCAUUUCUUUUGGGAAACAGCUCAGUAAACGGUCUGCCUGAAGCAGAGUUAGGAGCUGGCAGAACUGAGGGUGUACUGAAGCCUGCACCAUUUCGCCUCAGCCUGUAUGACCUUCUUUUUAAGUAGCCAUAAGUUUCGCUUGGUGUCUGUUUUCCACUUUAGAGUUUAAACUGUGUAUAAAAAGAUCUGUAUUGUACUGGGGGGGGGGGGAGGUCCCCGUCAUCCCCAUUUUCAAAAGCUUUUCCUUUCUGCCAUCUGCAAAUUCUUUGCUUGCCAAGAUAAUCAUCUCUGUCAAAUGAUACGUGCAUUGUUAAGCAGUGUAAAUAACUCUUCUGUAUUAUGCUAAAGCAGCAAAAAAAAAUUUGUACUGUUUUUCUUUUAGGUAGAUGUUGUAUGUUUUGGGGAAGAAAAAUGUUUUACUGGUGUGAGACUUUUGAUUUUGAUAAUCACAUCUGUGUUUAAAUUACAUUUCUUGGUAAGA